AUGCGUGAUGGAGUACGGGAGCUGCGCGACGCGAUCGAUGCUCCAAAGGAGGCUUCCCUCAACACUCAAUUUGCAGAAAAUACCAACAGGAUGUCGCUGUACAAGAUAGUCGACAUUUUCCUUCUAAAGAAUCCAACCCUCAAGCUGCCAUCGCACGAUUCUGUUCUUGAGCUCGCGGAAAGAUUUUCGCAGUUCUUCACCAAUAAGAUCUCCGAGAUUCGGCAUCAGCUGGACAGUCAAUCAGAUCAUCUAUCACCAAGAUCCGAGAUCCGUCCAACGGGGGAGGCUGUUUUACUUGCUCUUAUCGACUUGAGUACUGCAUUUGACACUUUUAAUCACGCAAUCCUUCUUGAUCGUAUGUUUUCACGCUUCGGCAUCUCUGGCUCUGCUCUUCAGUGGUUUAGGUCAUAUCUGACUGGUCACACUCAGUUCGUCGGUGUAAAUGGUUCCUUUUCUUCUUCUGUUUCACUGCAUUUUGGUGUCUCCCAAGUUUUUGUAUGCGGCCCCAUCCUUUUUAUCAUAUACAACAGCCCUUUUCACAACAUUCCCACCACUCGGGGAAUUUCGGAUCACGGCUAUGCAAAUGACGAGCAGUUCUAUAUUUCUUUCCGUCCUUCAACCGACGGAGUGCCACAAAACAGCGCGUUCUCGUCAAUGUCUUGCAUUUCUGAAUUCAAGUUGUGGGCUGCGGACAACAAACUUAAGUUCAACGACUGCAAGACAGAUGCUCUUCUGAUCACAUCGAGCUUCCUAAAAAAGAAACCCACUCCGUCUGCUCUUGCUGUCGGCGACCAUCUAAUCAAAAUAUCUGAAGCUGUCCACAAUCUUGGACUCUUCAUGGACACUUACCUCACGAUGGACCCUCACAUCAAGCAAUCGUGCAAAAAGGCCUUCUACCACCUAUCCCGCAUUGCUCCAAUCAAUAAGCACCUCAAGCCAGCUGCUCUCAAACUGCUGGUCCAUUCUUUCGUGAUGUCCCAGCUUGACUACGGCAACUCGCUUUUGGCUGGAUUCACCAACGACCGUAUGGAGCGUCUCCAGCGCGUCCAAAACUGCGCUGCCCGUCUGAUCACUGGCACUAGACGGUGUGACUCCAUAACACCUCAUCUGAAGUCUUUCCACUGGCUCCCCAUCAAGCUUAGAAUUGAUUUCAAAAUUGCUCUGCUUUGCUAUCUCAGUCUGAAUAGCUGUGCUUCCCUCUAUCUUUAUAAUCUUCUCCAAAGACCAAACAGCUCUGUAUCUCUCCGCUCCUCUUCAGCACAAAAGCUUGCAGUACCCUCUUCUCGCACGAAAACCAACGGUGAUCGUGCUUUUUCUGUGUAUGCUGCAAAAUUUUGGAAUCAUCUCCCGUCUACCAUUUGCUCUUCCCCAUCUUCAAGGAUCGUCUAA